UUCUAGAGCUCCGACUUUACGACCUGAAAUGAAGAUCACCGACGUCAUGAGUUGACCUCGGUUAUUUCCGAGUUCCCAGUUGUCUUGAAAGCACCAUUCACACGGGGCGGAGAAGCCUCUUCAGGGAUAGCGAAUCCGAGCGAGAUAGCAAAUAGAAUAGCUGAAGAUGGCUACGGAUAAGACACCGAAGAGAAUACUGCAUGUAUUAUCGCUAAGCAAUGUUUUUUUUUAGAUAGGUGGACAAGCAAAACCCGUGUAACACCGAGAGCUUUUAAAUUGAAGUCCCGUGUGCGCGAACGAUUUGUUUUUCAUAGGAGCGCCACAGUUCCAUGUGAAAUUAGCAGUGUUGGCUAGCUAGCCUGGUUGGAUCUCAAUCAGAACGAAUGUCGUUGAACUGCAAAUAGAUCUUAUGAGGGAUAACAUUUGCUACAAACUGUUCAUGAAGCGAUUGGACAACAUCGUCUCUUACAUUGGGAAUACAGCUAGCCAGCCAUUACACUGGUCCCGCGACACGGAGUGUUGAGUUGGAGUGACUGACCGUGAUGUAUUUUUUAACUGGCUGGCCCCGGAGGCUACUUUGUCCACUGAAAAGUGAAGAAGAACCGUUUCAUGUUCAACCCAGCUCCCAGAGGUUUUACUUCGCUGUAUUGUCAGAGACUCAACUAAGCGUCUGGUUUAGUCGGCCGAGUGUUCUGAUAGUGAGCUACAUAGAGUCGGCGAAGGCAUCAUCCCAGUUUGGCUUCUAUCAGCAGGCCGAAUGGAAGCAGGACGAUUCCAUGAUAGCAGUGGCGGCUGCCAAUGGCUACAUCCUGCUGUUUGACGUGGUGGGAGGAGGAGAGGACAAGUAUCUUUAUGAGCCUGUUUAUCCCAAAGGGAGUCCUCGUGUUAAGGUCACCCCAGCUUAUAAAGAGGAGCAGUGUGCCCCCGCUCUCAGCCUGGAGAUGAAGAGACCCAUAGACCUGGAGGCACCCAUCACCAGUAUGCAGUCUCUUCAGGAGGAUCUGUUGGUGUCUACAGCUGAUGGCUACCUCCACAUCCUCCACUGGGAUGGAGUCAGCAACGGCAGGAAGGCCAUCAGUCUCUGUACCGUACCUUUCUCCCUGGACCUACAGUCUGCCAGAGGUGGUCUGUGUCUGGACCUGAAGGGGAUGUACAUCAGAGACAUGACGUACUGUGUGACUCUGGAUGGCUUUGCUGUGGUGCUGGAUGAUGGCAGGCUGGGGUUCAUCACUCCUGUAGCCAACAGGAUCACCGCAGAUCAGCUGCAGGGCGUCUGGGCAGCAGAUGUAACAGACGGCACGUGUGUGGCAGUCAACAAUAAGUACAGACUGAUGACAUUUGGCUGUGCCAGUGGCUCAGUGUUGGUGUACAGUAUCGACACCACUACAGGGUCCAUGCAGCUCUCCCACAAGCUGGAGCUCACCCCUAAACACUACCCUGACGUGUGGAACAAGACGGGCGCGGUAAAGCUGAUCCGCUGGUCCCCCGACUACAGUGUUGCCAUGGUGACCUGGGAGUGCGGGGGGCUGUCUCUGUGGAGUGUGUUCGGAGCCCACCUCAUCUGUACCCUGGGGGAGGACUUUGCGUAUCGGUCAGACGGCACUAAAAAGGACCCUAUAAAUAUCAGCUCAAUGUGCUGGGGAGCAGAGGGCUACCACCUGUGGGUCAUCACCAGCAGAGAGGAAGCGGAGCUAGUAGAGAACAUGGAGGAGGCUCCUCCCCAGACCCAGCAGGCUUCCAUAUUGCAGUUCCACUUCAUCAAGAGCGCCCUCACUGUCAACCCCUGCACGAAUAACCAGGAGCAGGUGUUACUGCACGGGGAGGACCGUCUCUACCUAACCUGUGGUGACCCCACCCAGCUCCCCUCUAGCAGCUCAGAGAGCCCCCACCCCCAUAACCUCCCCCACGGUGGGGAGGGCAGCCCCCCCCACCACCCCUCCACCCCCUCACCCAACUCUACCUCUCAGGGACUCAGCACUUUACUGGGACACAAGCACUGGCACGUUGUCCAGAUUCACAGUACAUACCUAGAGAACAACUGGCCUAUACGGUUUGCAGCCAUAGACACAGCAGGCCAGUGCAUAGCGGUAGCAGGGAGACGUGGAUUUGCACAUUACUCCAUGUCCACCAGGAAAUGGAAGUUGUUUGGGAACAUCACUCAGGAGCAGAACAUGACCGUUACAGGGGGGCUGGUCUGGUGGAAUGGCUUUGUUGUUGUUGCCUGUUACAACUUCAUCGACCAGCAAGAAGAGCUGCGUCUGUACCUGCGGUCGUCUAACCUGGAUAAUACCUUCUCAUCCAUCACCAAGCUGCACUCUGACACUCUGCUGCUCAACGUGUUCAGAGACAUGAUCAUCCUCUUCAGAGCAGACUGCUCCAUCUGCCUCUACAGCAUUGAGAGGAGGCAUGACGGGCCCAAUCCGUCAGCUAGUGUUGAGCUGCUUCAGGAGGUGUCCAUGUCUCACUACAUUCCUCAUCCUGCACUGGUGGUGUCUGUCACCCUCACCUCCGUACGCACAGAGACGGGCAUCACGCUCAAAGCCCCACAGCAGGCCUGUAUGGCAGACAGCAUCAUACUGAACCUGGCAGGCCAGCUAAUCAUGUUACAGAGAGACCGUUCUGGACCACAGUUACAAGAGAAGGAAGACCAGAAGAAACUGCUGAUGUUCUGUCCUCCAGUGGUUCUGGCCCAGUAUGUAGAGAAUGUGUGGACGACGUGUCGUAGUAGCGGGAAGAAGCGCCACCUACUGGAGGCUCUGUGGUUGUCGUGUGGAGAGGCUGGGAUGAAGGUGUGGCUCCCCCUGUUCCCUCGUGACCAUCGUAAGCCCCACUCCUUCCUGUCCCGCCGCAUCAUGCUCCCCUUCCACAUCAACAUCUACCCCCUGGCCGUGCUGUUUGAAGACGCCCUGGUGCUGGGGGCCUCCAACGAGACUGUGCUCUAUGAUGGACUGCAGGGUCCCAGAGAGGGCUGGGAGUCACUAGAGGGGGUGUUCCCCUAUUGCACUGUGGAGAGGACCUCCCAGAUCUACCUCCACCACAUCCUGAGGCAACUCCUGGUCCGUAACCUGGGGGAGCAGGCCCUUCUCCUGGCCCAGUCCUGCGCAGCUCUCCCCUACUUCCCCCACGUCAUGGAGCUCAUGGUCCACGUGGUGCUGGAGGAGGAAGCCACCUCCCGGGAGCCCAUCCCCGACCCGCUGCUGCCAACCGUGGCCAAGUUCAUCACCGAGUUCCCCCUGUUCCUCCAGACAAUCGUGCACUGCGCCAGGAAGACAGAGUUCGCCCUGUGGAACUACCUGUUUGCUGCCGUGGGAAACCCCAAGGAUCUGUUUGAGGAGUGUCUGAUGGCUCAGGACCUGGACACAGCUGCAUCUUAUCUCAUCAUACUACAGAACAUGGAGGUUCCAGCAGUGAGCAGGCAACACGCUACGCUACUCUUCAACACGGCUCUGGAGCAGGGCAAGUGGGACCUCUGUCGUCACAUGAUCCGAUUCCUCAAAGCCAUUGGCUCUGGAGAGAUGGAGACCCCACCCCCAACACCAACCACUCAGGAACCCAGUUCGACAGGGGGUUUUGAGUUCUUCAGGAACCGCAGCGUCAGUCUGUCUCAGUCAGCUGACAGCAUCGCUUCUGGGAAGUUUAACCUACAGAAGACCUUCAGCAUGCCCUCUGGGCCCUCCGCUAAGGGGUCUGAGAGGUGGUCUAAGGACAGUGACUGUGCAGAGAACAUGUACAUAGACAUGAUGUUGAGGCGUCACGCCCGCCACCUCCUGGAGCACGUCAGACUGAAAGAGCUGGGUUGUUUCUCUGCCCAGCUGGGCUUCGAGCUGAUUGGCUGGCUGUGCCGCGAGCGCACGCGGGUGGCGCGGGUUGAUGACUUCGUCAUGGCGCUGAAGUGUCUCCACAAGGACUUCCUGUGGCCGUUUCCUGUCAUCCCAGCCUGCUCCAUCAGCUCGCCUUUCAAGAACGGACACCGCAGGACAGUGCUGAGCCAGCGUCUACUGAAGUCCCAGUCAAUAGACAGCCUGUUGAACAGUGACAUGGACACAGCGCCCCCGCAGGUCGCAGCACACAACAGCAACCACAACCACACCUGGCUAGACGGGCUGGGGACUCUGGGGCCGGAGCCUAAAGAGAUGGACACUGCCUCGUCCCACGGGGGGCCACAGACACAGGAGGCCUUCCUCUCUCCACUAACCAACAAAAUGGAGGAGUGCAGUAUCGGUUCUGCCACAGACCUGACAGAGACCAGCAGCAUGGUGGAUGGAGAUUGGACCAUGGUGGAUGAGAACUUCUCUACACUCAGUCUGACCCACUCUGAGCUGGAACACUUCUCCAUGGAGCUGGCAAACAAGGGACCACACAAGUCCCAGGUCCAGCUACGGUACCUGCUGCAUGUGUUCAUGGAGGCGGGCUGUCUGGAGUGGUGCGUUAUGAUUGGUCUGAUCCUGAGAGAGGCCACAGUCAUCAUGCAGGUGGUCAACUUCCUGGACAGCCCAGAGGUUCCUCCUGAGACAGUCCAAAGUGUCCGUUCCGGCCUGCUGGGGGUCGACGCAUGGGCCUCCACAGACUGCCUGGGCUAUAAGCCCUUCCUGAACAUGAUCCGGCCCCAGCUGCAGAAGCUCAUAGAGACUUCUGUAGAUCAGAUCCAGCCUGAAGCCUUCCUGCCAGGGGCUUCCAACCCCAACUCCAAGCUGGCUGAGCCCCAGCCCGGAGACCCCAGGGUAGAAGACAGUAGGGGGCCUGCUCCCCUAGGUCUGGCCCUUCCUCUGGAGCCCCCUGGGGGGUUAGGGACCGAGGACGGAGGAGCUCCAGAGGAGCAGGAGGAGCAGGCGGUGGAUGAGGGGGCGUAUGACUGCACUUUGUCCUGACAUGCCCUGUCCUGACCUGGGUCGUGUUCAUUAGGCACCAAACGGAAGAAAAUGGACUGAAACAGGGAGGGACUGACUACAUGGACUUAAACUUUUUUGCUACAGUAAGCCCUGAUGAAUACAGACUUUUUCUGACCUCUGACCUUGCUGGGCGGGUGUGUGAUGGGACACAGGAUGAGGAUGAGGAAGAGGAGGAGGAGGAAAGCUGCACUGGAAGCCUCAAAGAUUAAACACUGCAUUGUGUGUCGAACCCGUUUGUUGGCUGACGUGGACUCUGAUAUGUUGUGUUGACCAUGAGUGUGUGUGUAUGAAACUGAAUGUGUGUGUAUGAGACUGAGUGUGUGUGUAUGAGACUGAAUGUGCGUGUGUGUGUGUGUAUGAGACUGUGUGUGUGCUUGUUUGUGUCAUGGUUUUGUGUGUAUUACUACACUGGGUGUGUAACAGUUGGAAGACUCAAACGCAAGAGAACAUUCUCGACUUUCUUCUCUCCUGUCCGGAUACUCGUCCAUCCCAGUGCUGGAGCAGGGUUGGUCAGUCUGUCUGUCUGUCUGUGAGUGAGUGGGCUCCUGUGGUUAAGAGUGUCAGUAUUGUCCAGUUGAUUAUGGACUUGAGUCACUGCAGACAAUGUUAGUCAGGACACAGCCAAUUCAUAACACAAAAACAAAUGCUUACCUAAAAUAUAGAUACAAAAAAAGGAAUUUGAUCACAGACCAGGGUUUACCAGACUGAGUUUGGGCUAGUCAGGCUUUAUUCCGGGAUUAAUUGUUCAACCACAAAGCAGGCAGUUUGUGUUGCAAGUUAGCUUUUUACCAAAAUGUUCAGAUCAGAGAAACCCUGUCUGUGUUGCAGUCUGGAUCGUGCUGGUCUGGGCUAUAGUGUCUGUCUAGAUAGAAAUGUCAGAUCGCUGUGACGACGUGCUGGGCGGAGAGCUAUAAAAGGCAUCUGGGAUAUUAUCAGUUAGACAUGUCACACUUCAGUGGUGGAACAAGGACCCAAUUGUCAUACUUGAGUAAAAGUAAAGAUACCGUAAUAGAAAAUUACUCAAGUGAAAGUCACCCAGUAAAA